AUGAGUGAGUCGGAGAAACCGAAAAAAAAACAGCCACUGCCGCCGUUAUUCACCUUCCUAAAUGCAGGACUUUCCGGUAUGGCUGCAACCUGCGUGGUUCAUCCUAUGGAUGUAAUAAAAAAUCGAAUUCAACUGCAGCAAGAAAAAACGUCGUUCGGAGCCGUAAUCAGAUCUGUGUAUAAAAACGAAGGGUUUUUGAAAUUCUAUUCUGGACUUAGUGCUGGCCUUGUACGACAGGCAACGUAUACCACCGUAAGACUUGGUAUUUACAAUCAACUGCAGGAGUACUGGAAACAGAGGCAUCCCGAAAAACCGAAUUUCGGGAUAUUGGCACUCAUGGCAGGUACGGCAGGGGCCGCGGGAGCCUUUGUUGGUACACCGGCAGAAGUUGCCCUUGUAAGAAUGACAGCUGACGGCAGAUUACCAAAAGACCAAAGAAGAAACUACAAAAACGUAUUUCAUGCGUUCACGUCGAUAUCUAAAGAAGGAGGAAUUACUGCUCUUUGGAGGGGAAGCGUGGCGACAAUGGGACGAGCGAUCGUUGUUAAUGUAUCUCAACUAGCAACUUAUAGCCAAGCCAAGUUCUUAAUGGCCACAAAAUUCAACUUGAAGGAAGGUCUACUACUGCAUUUUUGUGCAUCCAUGUUGUCAGGAUUCCUCACAACCUUCAAUAGUAUGCCAUUUGAUAUAACCAAAACAAGAAUACAAAACUUGAAAAGUGCAGGAAAAACACCUAGUAUGAUUGUAAUGAUGGCGUCUAUAAUGAAAACGGAAGGUGUGGUAGCGUUGUGGAAAGGAUUUUGGCCUACUUACUGCAGAAUAGGGCCACAUACAGUUUUAACGUUUAUAAUUAACGAACAAAUCGUAAAGCUUUAUAGGCUGUGGGCAGAUCAAUAG